AUGCAUCUUGUGUCUACCCUCAUCCCCGUCGCCUUGCUGCUAGCAACUGCUCAGGCACGCUGCUACGAAGUAAAAACCACUUGGCAAAACGAAAAGUUUCCCAUGUCUGAGGUACUUGGCUAUGUUGCCAAACCGGACAGCCUCGCAGGCUUCUUCAACAAUGGUCAGGAGAAAACGGAAUGCAAAAAGCUGGCAGAAAAAAAGUUUGUCCGUCUCAAGGUCAAAUGGCUCGGGAAGAAUGGCCUGACAUUGCGGGACGGCGACUGCUACUCUGAGCUUCGAAGACUGGCUUUGGAUUGUGACUCGGGUGGUGAGAAUACGAAUGCCGAUUGGUAUUUUAGGAAGGAAUGGGGUGUCGAUCGCAAACUCCCCGACAUCGACCCUGCCACGUGGGGCCUCAUCGGCUUCCAGGUUCCCGGGACCGAGGCCCGUACUGAACAGCAGAUUUCCGAUCAAGGACCCGUGAUGGUGUACAUGCAAAACGCAGCCAUGAAGUCGAGCAUCUUCUACGUUCUUUACGAAAUAGAAUUGUAUAAACCUUUUAGAUAA